CUCUCUCUCUCUGACCUCACGCGCUCCGCGCACGCAGACACACGCACACAGCCUCCCCCCAGUCCACCCCUCCCUGUCCCUAUCGGCCUCUCCCGUCUCUCACUCAGCGCUCUCGCUCGCCUCCUACUUCCCCCAACCCCAAAAACCCUAGUCGCCCCUCUCGCCGCCCAAAACCCUACCCACGCGCCGCCGCCCCGCACCUCGUCGUCGCGGUCGCCGCCGGCGGCUCCAUGGCCGCACCAAUCUCCGGCUGAGCUAAGACAACUCCCUCGUUGGUCUGGUCCGAAUCCUGCUCUCGUGUCUCUCGCUCUCGGCCGCGGCGGCGGCGGCGGCGGGGAUAGAAGCGCGACAUCAAGGUAGCCUCUGAUUUUUGCCCCGAUCGGGUGCGUUGGCGUCGGCGAUGGAGGAGCCGAAUGUGGGCGGAGGUGCCGCGGCGGCGGCGGCGGCGGAUCCGGCUGGUGGCGGCGCCGGAGUCGGGGCUGGCCCAUCGCCCUGGAGGAAGACCACGCCGCCGCCGCCGGCUGGGCAGGCGGCGGUCAUGGGGGCCGAGUCUUGGCCCGCGCUGGAGGAGGCGAGGCAGAAGGUCGCCCCGGAGUCCCCUGCGAAGGCAGGGGCUGGCAAUGCUGGUGCUGGAGACUCGGCAAAGGGGCCGGAGGGGUCUCCUCCGCCGCCUCCUCCUUCAUCGCAGGUGGCUAGUCGUACGCACAAGUUUGAUGGCCAUGGAAAUCCCAACAGAAAUCACCAAGCACACCAUAAAAAUGGGCCGAAGCGGCGUUUUCCUGCAGCUAAUGGUGCACCAUCCUACCCUCCAGCAAUGCCGUAUCACCAACAUCCGGGACAACCUAUUUUUUACCCUGUCCCUGUGCUUCCCAGUCCGAUGCUGCUGCAAGAAUAUCCUUACCAGCCAUUUCCUGUUCCAGUCCCGAAUCAUGAGCGACAUGUUGGAAAAUCUGGGUAUGAGAACUCUGUGCCUCCUUUUGUUCCAGUAGAUCAAGUUGGUACCAAUGAAGGUAACAGGCCAAUGCCUCCUCAUCCGAGAGGAGAUCCUCAUGCUUGGAGGCCUCCUGUUGGUGUUAGGCCCCAUCCUGGUCCUGAAGGUCAUGGCCAUUUUAGUCAGACUUGGCAAAACCCUCAGGUGUUUGGUACAAGAGAAAACACAAGUUUGCCACAAGGUGUUGGGCCGAGAGCUUUUGUCAGACCAAUGGUGCCUCCUCUUGGGUACAUCAAUGGACCACCAUAUCCUGGGCCUAUGCAUCCGAUGUACUAUUACAUGCCUGCUGUACCUAUGGAGUCGAUGAGAGGCCCACUGCGCUACAUCCAAAACCGACCAGUGCCUAGCCCUGUUUUAUCCCCUGAAGAUGCUGAGUUAAGAUCUAAUAUACUUACUCAGGUGGAGUACUAUUUCAGUGAUACAAAUCUGGAUCGCGAUGAUUUCUUGAAAUCUUUAAUGGAUGAGAAUGGCUGGGUUCCAGUUUCAAAAGUUGCAGACUUCAAUAGGCUUAAGAAAAUGACCACGGAUAUACACCUGAUUGUAGAUGCAUUGGCAAACUCAAGUCUUCUAGAAGUCCAGGACGAUAAAAUUAGAAGGCGUUCUGACUGGUCAAAGUGGGUCUCUUUAUCUGGAACAUCAUCUAUUGCAAGCCCAUCAUCUGCGAGUAUGGAUAGCAGCAUGGGUGAGAGGAAUAUUGGUGGCUUUUCAAAUAAGGAUGCUGAUUCUGAAGAUCAAAAGAAGCAUGGUUUUUUUAAUGCAAAAGUUGCUGAUGAACAAGUCCAAGACUCACAUAGCUGUUCAUUGAAUAGGGACUUAUCUGCCCUUAGUAUUUAUGAAAAGCCUAAGAGUCUUGCUGCACACCCUAUAAAGUCAAGCAAACAUGAACCUUCUUUUAGAUCUGGUGAUUUCAAAGUUCAGAAAGUGAAGUCAAAGACACACAUACCUGAUUCUCAAAAUGACUUUUCUAGCUUUGGUGGUGACCAAAGCACUUUCAUGCUUGAUGAGGAAUUGGAAUUGGAACAUGCGGACCAUUCACGUGAUGGCCAUAAAAGGGGCGAUGAUGAGGAUGAGGACUUUUUUGUUGACGACCAAGAUGUUAAUAGGCUAAUAAUUGUCACACAGGAUCCUAGGUUAGCAAAGGAUGACAAAAGCCGCACAAGCAUACCCCAGGCAUUUUCAACAGAGGAAGCAUCAAGAAUAAGCGAUGCCUUAUAUCAUUAUGAGGCACUGCAUGGUCGGCGCACUAAUAAUCAAAGAGGUUCCCAGGCUGAUACUCCAGACACCGAUUCUAAACCACCUGGUGGUUCAAAGGAGAACCACAUUAGCAGUGGACCAAAUGGUACUGAAGAAACUGGACAGCCUAUUCCACGUAAGCGCCAAAGUAGAGGCAACAGAAAAGCACACAACUCACGUAAACAGAGGUUCUUUGCUGGUAAUUUCAUGAGUAACCCUGACCAAUAUGGUGGUGUAUCAGAAAGCCCUCCGGGCAAUUCAGUUGGGUAUUUCUACGGAUCUACUCCAGAAAAUCACAGCUAUAAGAGUUCAAAGCUGAGUUCUUCUCCUCACGGAAUUCCAACUGGGAGCUCACCUGUUGGAUCUAUGCCCAAAUCUUCUCCACAAUCUCAGCAUCUAACUUAUCAUCUUCUAGAAAAAAAUAAACUCCAGCAGCAGAGGUACAAUAAGUUCAAACAUCACUGCCUUAUGGAGCGUAAGAAGCUAGGCACUGGUCACAGCGAGCAAAUGAACUCGCUGUAUCGCUUUUGGUCAUACUAUCUGAGAGAUAAUUUUAAUGAAGAUAUGUACAAGCAUUUUAAGAAAUUUGCACUGGAGGAUGCAGCAGCAAGCUACAGAUAUGGACUUGAGUGUCUCUUCAGAUUUUAUAGUUAUGGUUUGGAGAAAAACUUCCAACCUAAUGUAUAUGAAGAUUUCGAGAAGCUUACGCUCGAAUUCUACCAUAAUGGUGAUCUUUAUGGACUCGAAAAAUACUGGGCAUUUCACCAUUACCGAAAUCCAGAGAGCGGUCCUGUAGAUAAGCAUCCAGAGUUGGAGAGGCUCCUUGGGGAGGAGUUCCGGACCUUGGAUGACUUCAAGGCGAAGGAGAAAGCCCACGAGGCGGCAGAGAAACAGACAGGCGGCGGUGGCAGCACCGUGGCGGUGGCCGCACAUAGCAAGGCUGAGACUAAGUAGGUCCAAGCUUGGCAUGAAAAUUUUGCGGUCGCCCCGGAAAGGAGAAAUUAGCCUUUUUUUUCGUUUGCUGAGGAGUAAGGAUUUGAGUAGACAUCUGUGCAGAUUUUGCUAUACCCUCUGCCAGUACUUGUGCUGUGGCUGCCCAGGAAUUUUUCCUCCCUUUUUUUCAUUACCUUCCUGGCAUCAAUGUGGGAGCUGUACAUAGAUGAUAAUUUUUUCCUUGUUAUUAAAUAGACAAAUAAUAGAGCAUGGAGUUUAAAGCCGUCAUCUGUCGUUAAUAGGGUUUAGAGUUUGUUUGGUUUUGCAGCCGAAUGUUGUGUUGAAUAUCA